AUGGAUUACAACACAGUCGAGAAGGCCGACUACGGCAAUGGCAACGGAAAUGGCUUCAAAUCCUCCCAUGACAGAACUGUGGAAGCUUCACCUCAACAAGAUGGGUCUCGACCUAGGCCCCGCCUGGAGAGAUAUCUCGGCUUUCUGCCCAUGCUGGCGUUUGCAGCCACGCUUCAAGCUUCCUGGGAAGCUAUCGGGGCAAGUCUCUACGCUGGGUUGGAGAAUGGCGGUCCAGUGGUCCUAGUGUACGGCCUGAUUUUGGCAAUCGUGGGCUCUUUGGGGAUUGCUCUAUCGCUUGCAGAACUGGCAUCAAUUACCCCCGUGGCGGGAGCCCAGUAUCACUGGACGUACGACCUUGCUCCAUUUGCGCCCCGGUUUCUCAGCUUUAUUCAAGGAUGGAUCACGAUGUUCUCCUGGUGGGCCAACGUGGCCACCUCUCCCUACCUGAUCGGAACUCAGAUCCAGGCCCUCGUCGUCAUGAACUACCCUACGUAUACGCCCCAUUCCUGGCAUGCGACGCUGAUCAUCUGGGCCGUUUUGUUGAUUCCCCUGACCGUCAACAUCUAUGCACGCCGUCUGCUCUCCCCCGUCGAAGUGGUGGGUGGGAUCAUUCAUAUCUUAUUCUUCCCAGCGGUGCUGGUGACUUUGAUCGCGCUGGGAUCACGCAAUUCCUCCGAGUUCGUCUGGACAUACUUUGAGAACUCCAGCAGCGGAUGGCAGAAUGACGGCGUCAUCUGGUCCAUAGGGCUGUUGACCGCAGUCUAUACCCUUGGUGGAUUCGAUGGUGUCGUCCACAUGGCGGAAGAGAUCAAGGAUGCCCCCCGUGCCGUCCCACGGUCCAUGGUGUACAGUGUGCUCAUUAACGGCUGCGUGGCCCUGGGCUUCACCAUCGGCCUGCUCUACACGAUGGGCAGCAUCACGGACGCACUUAACAGCCCAAUAGGCUACCCAAUCCUUACCAUCUUCUACCAGGCCACCAAAUCCACCGCCGCUGCCACCGGCAUGAUGAUGAUGCUCGUCCUCCCAGGCUUCGUCGCCCUAUUCAACGGCCUCGCCUCCGUCACACGGCUCACCUGGGCCUUCGCCCGCGACGACGGCCUCCCCUUCUCCAGUUUUUUCGCGCACGUCUCCCCGCGCUACCAGAUCCCGCUGCGCGCCCUCUUCCUCGUCGCCGUGAUCACCGUCCUCCUCGCGCUCAUCAACAUCGGCUCCACCACUGCCUUCAACGCGCUGCUGUCCCUGACCACCCUCGGGCAGUACAUCUCCUACCUCCUCCCCGUGAUCUUCCUGCUGAUCAAGCGUCUGCGCGCCCCACACGAGAUCCGCUGGGGAUCCUUCCGGCUGGGCCGCUGGGGCGUGCCGGUGAACCUCUUCGCCAUCGUCUACGGGGUGUAUGUGAUUAUCUUCCUGCCGUUUCCGCCGAAUUACCCCGUCGACGCGAUGAAUAUGAACUACGCGGCGCCGGUGUUCCUGGGUGCGCUGCUGUUUGCGGUCGGGGACUGGGUUGUACGCGGACGGAAACAGUGGCAGGGGCCUCGAGUCAGGGUACGGGCCGACUGA